AUCGAUGUGAGCAAUUAUGGAUUUUAAGCGAUCAAAUAUAUAGUGCAUUUCAAAAUUCAGAUCCAAAUAGUCUUCCUCUUUUUGAAUACACGACGCAAAAUACUUCAAAAGGAUACACUAACAUGGAAACUUGUUAUCAAUAUGGAAUAGAGCAUAUGGAAGAUCUACUUGUGCAAGAAGUUUAUUUAACUAAAAAAAAGAAUUCAAAAGGAAGAGCAGUUAAAAACUUAGAUAAAGAUACUGUAACGGCUUUAAAACAACGAAAAAAACAAGAAAAAAUAAUCAAUCUGAAGAUGAACAUAUAA